AUGACAGGAAGUGACACGAGCUACUACGCCCUGCACGACUCCAUCUGGGAAAACGUGAGCCAUCUCCAGGGCUUCCGCGACGUUACCAUCGCCUUCUGGCAGCGUCGUCUGGAGCUUGCACGGAAGCUGGUCCAAAUCUUCGCGCUGGCCCUGGACCUACCGGAGACUUACUUCGACGACAUCACAACCCAUCCCGGCGCGGACGGGCUCUACAUUCAUUACCCCGGUACACCCGACGCGGACAAAGUCACCGAUUUCGAUGUGGGAAUUGGUUCCCACACGGACAUACAGUGCUUCACGCUCUUGUGGCAGGAUAUGUCGGGUGGGCUGCAGGUGCUGAGCGCGUCGGGCGAGUGGUUGAAUGCGCACCCUAUCCCCGGCACGAUAGUGGUCAAUAUCGCCGAUUUCUUGUCGCGGCUGUCGAAUAAUAGGUUCAAGUCGACGGUGCACCGGGUAUAUAAUCGACAGAAAACUUCCCGGUACUCAAUGCCGUUCUUUUUUGGGUUCAAUCCUGACUCUACCUGCGCUGUCGUCCCGACGUGUGUUGAUGAUGAGCAUCCACCUCUUUAUGAUCCUAUUUCAUGUGGAAAGUGGCAUCGGACUCGACUGGCGAUGUCUCGAGAUCCAAAGGUCGUCAUGCGGUAG